ACACUCCCCACGCCUGAAUGGGCGGGGUUUGGUCUCAAAACACUGAGGGGACUCUCGCCGAUAAACAACUUGAAGAUCAAAACAAUCUCUGAGGAACAGCCGGGCCGUUUCUGCACAACGGCCACACCCGAAGAAAAACACACGCUUAUUUAGUCAGAUUGAAUAGAGGCAUUAAGAUGAUCGGAAAGAUUCUUUCUCAGCUGCUUGGAAACGCUGGAGAGGACUUUGAGGCCGCAGACAACACUUAUGAGGAGCUGAUGGAGUUCGAGGAGGGAGGAUGGGUCAUUGUUAAUCUCCCAGAGAAUGGGCCGUUAUCAGCCCCUGAGGUGGAUCCCCUGGAGAACCUGCUGAUUGAGCACCCCAGCAUGUCGGUCUACCAGAUGAGAUGCAGGAUGAGCCCAGCGGAAGAGGAGGAGGAGGAGGAGGAGGAGCUAGGCUCUGAUGAAGACGAAGAGGACACCUCCAGGUCAGUGGCAGUGAGGCGACACAUAUCCUGGCGUCUGGCUGCCUGGGGAAUCCCUCUGCCCUGCAAGGUCCAGCUGCUGGCUGUCCAGAGAGCCAGGACCCAGGUUGAGCGGAAGAAGCUGAGCCGCAGCGCCCUCCACAGGCAGAACCUGGCUAAGAUGCAUUUCUCCCCGGCUGAGAAACGCUACGGCCACUUCAAGCAGCCCUGCCAGCGCCUCUGCAACUACUGAGCAGGAGCGAUGGUCUCGCGUUGCCUUCACCAUAGCCAGGUGUGCUGCACAGUGCCUUGACUCUGAAUUACUCAGGUUUUCCACCAUUGUUUCACCUCACACAGUUUGUUCUUCAUAUCCACCGCGGCAAAGCAUGUGAGAGUCACCACUUUCUGUGCAGUAAAGUGAUCGAAUAUCCGCCAAAUGAACCACAGCAAAACAUUUUUACUUUAAUAUAGGCAGCCUACACGGCAAACCUCACGUCUGAAACCACUGAGAACACAGAACCAUUGUCCUCUGACAUCAUGAAUGACACCCCCUCAGGUCAUACGUAACAGUUACUUUCAAAUUAAAGCCUUUGUACCUUAUCACAUGAAAACAGUUUAGUUGUUUGACUUGUUUAGAUUGAUUAGCUAUCAGUAGGGGUGAGGCUUAUAGGAAGCUGGAGGUGUGUGAAAGUUAUUCUAAAAGGUGUGUGAAACAAAUAUGAAAAAUUAAAACCUUUAGAAUACUUUGCUUUAAAUUAUGAUGCAAUUGGAUUAAAGCACGCUUUGAUUGGUUAUUCCUGGGUUGUUUUGAGUAUGUACUUUAUUAAUGUAUGUGCCUUAGCUUUAGAUGUUCUUGUUGGAAGUGUAUUAAAAGUUAAUUUCAUAUCAGGUUGAUCUAUACAGUAUUCAUGUUGUGCGAAUACUCUGAGGAAAAAUUUCAAAACCACUGUUCAUGUUGUGUGUUGAGUCUACCAUUUUUUACUUUUCAGCGCGUACUUACUUUUUUCAUGUUAUUAAAUUUUUUCAUUUUAGACUCACGAGUGUAAAUACAGUUGAAUAUUGUAUUUUUCUAUUUGUGCAGAUUUACAAAAUGUUCAAAAAAAGUGCAAAAUAAAUAUUGUUUUCUUAA